UGGCCCCAGUAUCUAGAGGGACAAGAAGUUCCAAGAGGUGCGGAUUUGGGGUCCUGGGUGAAGGUUCCAAAUAUGAAUUUGCCUCCUAAUCUUAUAUCCUAAUUUCUAAAGAACCUGUGGGUUCUUGUGAGGUUAAAGACCUGGGUCUCCAGAAACAAAUCGCAUCCUCAAGAGACCCUUGGGACUUUUGAUCCCUCCCCAGAGUUUCAGUCCCAGAAAGGGGUAGAUCCUGGAACUGCAGGGCAUAGCAUAGGAAUUUUUUGUUUUCCUGUUGCGUAAGGUGCCACUGUAACCGAACUAACCUGAGUUCACUCCUUGGCGAGUGACAGAUGCAAACUACACCAGGUCGAGUCGUACAAAGGAAAAUUUGCAGCAGAUAAGGAGCUCAUGAGGCAUAACUUUCAAAGCCUUGACUCCCUGAGUAAGGUUGAAGGGGUUCCUUUUAUUUAGAGUUAGGAUGAAUAUUUAGAAAGGGGAUCUUUGUCAUUGUAUUGUAGAUGGAGUAAGGUCCUGCAGUCGCCUUAAGGCAACCUACCUAUACUCACACACUUUCUGUGUUAUGUAAAUGGUACUCCUAUUUGAACCAAGAUGUUAGUAUUAUAAUAUGGUGGUUGCCGCACUUCUAGAGGUCACUCCAUGAUCCCACCUGCUCAGGGUUAAGCUCAAAGUGGUCCUGGCGGUGUUGGGGCAGUUGGUAUUGGGGCAUUCGCUAUCCCUUGACAGGUGAUUCCAAUUUCCAUUUGCCUGCGUUUAGAGAAGCCGGAAAGAGCUUAAGGAAAAAUGUGGGACAGAGAUUGAAUAAGCUCAGAAGAAAGUCCUAUGUUUUCAGGUUAAGGGAGGGUAUUUGAAUAAAUGCUUUCCAUUUCUGGAGGUUAUAGCCCAACGGCCUCUCCUUCAGAAUAGAAUUCAUCCCUCCCAUAUUCUGGGAUUCUUUCUUAGGGUUUCCUCUUACCCUCCACAAGGUAGUUUAUAAUGGUUAGUGGUGACACAAAUGCCACGCAACCUCACCCACAAUAUGUAUGAGACUCGGUUGACUUAAAACCAGGCUCACAAGGAGAGAAAGUUAAUGCUAAGGCGUCUAAGUGGGUGUGGGUAGUUGUGCCUUACAGAGUAGUGGCUGGGGCACAGGCUGCCUCUUCCAUCCCCUCAGUGUCCAGGUGGUCCCAAAGGAUUUAUUGGCAGAGUGACUCAGGGAGAACCUGGUUUAGAUUCAAUAACUCAAGGCACACUUCCCUUUUUAAGAGGAAAAACAGAGCAGUACCGGUGUCCCCAACAGACAGAUCAAAUAGGUCAAACGGGUAAGAUGGAGAUAUCCUUUACCAUGACUGAUUCUAGACUAGUCUCAGUUGGGCCACUUUCUCAUUUGCCAGGCUGAGGCACUCAGUCUCUGAGUGGCCAGGUCUUGUCCUGUGCCACUCAGGGAUGUCUGCACCUGACUCUAAUUGAGUGUUCAGUCCCCCAGAGUGUUUACUGGAGAGGCCCUGUUCUUAACUGACUGCCGGCCUGCCAGGCUUUGUGAGACAACUCAGAGAAGAUAUUCUAGUCACACCAUAGGAUCCAUACCACCUACCUACCUCUGUGGAGAGAUUUCAGAGCAAGGGGCUCAGGGCAGCCACAGUUCCUUCAAGGGGUCAGCAGCAUCAGUCCAGAGGCACAGACCACACAAAAGGAGAGUCCCCUCCAAGAAUUCCUCUCCCAGUCCCCAGUGUGGAUGCGUGAGCCUGGAUGAACCGCUGCCGACUGCUCCAUCGGUGGGGAACCAGUUGUAUCUGCACAGGACUCUAUGCUUUUGUAAGAACGGCAGAAAAUGGACAAAUCCCAGGGGUCACUGUCAUUUGGGGAUGUGACUGUGGACUUCUCCUGGGAGGAGUGGCAGUGCCUGAACCCUGCUCAGAGGACCCUGUACAGGGACGUGAUGCUGGAGAACUACCACAACUUUGUCUCAUUGGGGUUUCUCAUUAACAAGCCAGAGGUGAUCUUCAGAUUGGAGGAAGGGGAAGAGCCAUGGAUAGUAAAGGAAGAAUUUCUGUACCAGAACUACCCAGAAGACAACAAAGCUCAUUACCUAACAGAGAGAAUCCAGGAAAACCAAGACAAAUAUUUGCCACAAGUUGCAUUUAAGAACAAAACACUGGCCUCAGAAAAAGUUCAUGCUUUAAGAAAACCAUCUAAUAUGAGUGCAAACUUUGUUCCUUCAAGAAAAAUGUCCUGUAAAUACGACUUACAUGGAGCGGACGUUAACGUGCAUCAGAGAACUCACACGGGAGAGAAGCGCUUUCAAUGUAAUGAAUGUGGUAAAACUUUCUACCGGCAGUCAGAAGUUAAUGUACAUCAGAGAACUCACACAGGAGAGAAGCCCUUUCAGUGUAAUGAAUGUGGUAAAACUUUCUAUCGACAGUCCGAUGUCAACGCACAUCAGAGAAUUCACACAGGAGAGAAACCUUAUAAAUGUAACGAAUGUGGGAAAUCUUUUUACGAGAAGUCAUCCCUCACUCGACAUGAGAGAACUCACACGGGAGAAAAACCCUAUGAAUGCCAGGAGUGUAGGAGAACUUUCUGCCAGAGGUCAGCCCUCACUCAACAUCAGAGAACUCACACGGGAGAUAGACCCUUUCAUUGUAAUGUGUGUGGCAAAACUUACCGUCAUCUCUCAGCUUUCAAUGUACAUCGGAGAACUCACACAGGAGAGAAACCCUUUCAGUGUAUUGAAUGUGAGAAAUCUUUUCUUACAAAGUCGACUCUUAUUAAUCAUCAGAGGACUCACACAGGGGAAAAGCCCUACGAAUGUAAUGAAUGUGGGAAGAGUUUCCGUCAUAAAUCUACCCUCACUACCCAUCUGAGAACUCACUCAGGAGAGAAACCUUAUAAAUGUUGUGAAUGUGGAAAAGCUUUCGGGCGGAAAUCAGCCCUUACAAAUCAUCAAGGAAUUCACGUAGGGUAGGAACCCUGUAGCAGAAAUGUGCUAUGUUUUUCCCAAUACCCAUUUCUCUUUCUUUAUGGUUACACAACUAGUCCAGAUUUGCUAGCCUGUCUUCCAUACACAUGAGGCCACAUGACCUGUGACUCACAAUAUGGGCACAAAUUCCAAGCCUGUAAAAGACCUCAUUUGGAAUUUUUCCUCCUUUCGUUUUUCUUUCCUUAUCAGGGGGUAAUGGAGAUAUCCUCAGGACAACGUGGAAGCUAGUCAUUAGAGAUUACAGAUUCUUAAGUUGGAAGAAACCAGGGUCCUGGGCAGAGUUUUGCCUUCACUAACAGCACUUCAUAAGUCUUGUCAUAGACGAGAAAUAAUUAUUUUUUUUCAGCCAUUACAUGUUUAGAGCUUUCUGUUGUCAUAGUGUAUGCUAGCCAUGCUUUAUCCCAUCUAUCCUGUGAAUCUAAUGAAGGUAUGAGAAGCACUGUAGGUCAGAGAAUUCAUUAGGGGAGAAACCGCUCUCAAUAUCCUGCAUUUUAAUAAACCUUUAUCAACAAGCCAAACAUUUUAUAAGUCAGAAAUUUACAGUGGAAAACCCCAAAAAUGAAUGUAGGAAAAUUUUCACAGUCUGAUUGUCCAGUAGAUAAUUGAGAGUAGAAUAAAGCUAACAACAUGAAAAACAUUUCAAGAUUUAUAUAUCAGAAUACGUAACAAAAGAAAAUUGUCAGUUUAGGAAACGAGGAAAACAUCCUUACCUAGAAAUGAUCUUAUUCUAGAAGCGAUGUUUCGGAUGCAGUAUUAAAUAACUUACAAAUAAUAUGACACAGGAUGUUUAUUUAAUGGUCUUGCUCAUCAAGGAACACAUCGCUUUGAGAAAGGCGCGAGUGAGUUGAGUCAGAGCAGCGGCAUUAAAUGUAUAUGAGUAGCGUCUGUGCUAGGUCAGGCUUGCACACGACAGUGCUCUUUAACAGCUGUUUUCUGUAUCCUUGAUACUUGUUUUGUACUCACAGUAGUUACAGUAGGAGCAUUGCACCCUUAUCUAAGUAACUUUUGCAACGUACACUAGGAUUUCUGACACUAAAUACUAUUGUUGUCCCAUCACAUAUUUACACCACAACAUAUAUGAAUUUUAAAAGGAACAUUGAAUGCGUGAAUGUCAUAUGUGUUUUCUGCUUUUUGGUGGCAUAUAUAACUCCAUAUAGACAUUGUGAAGAAACUGUCGUUUUAGUAAAUCACCCACAACAUUUAAUAAAGUCAAGAUUUAUUUGAAAUCUGCAACGAUUCAGCACACAGUUGUUUAUGAUACACAUGAGUUAAUUUUCAAAGGUGGCCUUGAACAUUAGUACUUCGUACACUGUAUGGAUUGAAAGCAGGGCCCAUUGAAGACAUUUCCCCCAUUUUUGUGUUUUCUAAAGGGUAUGUUUAUGUAAGUUUAAGUGCAAAGUGCAGAUAUUAAUGUGAGCACAGAACUCUCUGCAUUUGUAUUUUUUUGUGGUAGGCUGCCACGUUUCCACCCUAGAAUUAUGCAUGGUUUCUGCAAACUGUUCUAUGCCUGUCACUUACUAUUUGAGUGACCUGUGUAGUGAUUUAAUCUUUCUGCUUCAAUUUUAUUAUCUACCUCACAGAUAGUGAACAGUUUGGGUUGAUGUUUUCUGUUAUUAGAGCCAAAGGCAGUUAUGUUUAGAACUUGAACAUUAGAAAUAAAAUAGUCAUUCCACAGUAUGAAGUGUAUUUCUGCUUCUUGAGUUGAUACAAGAAGAUUCUUUUUAGAGCUUUGUGUUUUGUCAGGUUUGUCUUUAAAAUAUAUGAAACAAAUGUGUUUAGAAUAAACAGAAUAAUCUAUUGAC